AUGACUGCAGAGAUCCCGCAGUGCGCCGGCUGCAGCCAGCACAUCCUGGACAAAUUCAUCCUCAAGGUGCUGGACCGCCACUGGCACAGCUCGUGCCUCAAGUGCGCCGACUGCCAGAUGCAGCUGGCCGAGCGCUGCUUCGCCCGUGCCGGCAGCGUCUAUUGCAAGGAAGACUUCUUCAAGCGCUUCGGGACCAAAUGCACGGCGUGCCAGCAGGGCAUCCCCCCCACGCAGGUGGUGCGCAAAGCUCAGGACUUCGUCUACCACCUGCACUGCUUCGCCUGCAUCAUCUGCAGCAGGCAGCUGGCCACCGGAGACGAGUUCUACCUGAUGGAGGACGGGAGGUUGGUGUGCAAGGAGGACUACGAGACUGCCAAGCAGAAUGAUGACUCCGAGGCGGGGGCUAAGCGGCCCCGCACCACCAUCACGGCCAAGCAGCUGGAGACACUGAAGAAUGCGUACAAGAACUCGCCCAAGCCUGCCCGGCACGUGCGGGAGCAGCUCUCCUCUGAGACGGGGCUGGACAUGAGGGUGGUGCAGGUGUGGUUCCAGAACCGUCGGGCCAAGGAGAAGAGGCUGAAGAAGGACGCGGGACGGCACCGCUGGGGCCAGUUCUACAAGAGCGUCAAGCGGAGCCGCGGGGCCGGCAAGCUGGAGAAGGAGAGCUCAGCUGAAGACUGCGGGGUCAGCGACAGCGAGCUCAGCUUCCGCGACGAUCAGAUCCUCUCCGAACUCAGCCACACCAACCGGGUUUACGGCAGCGUUGGCGACGUGGCAGGAGGACAGUUGCUGAAUGGUGGUUUCGCCAUGGACGGGACGGGGCAGCCGUACCAGGACUUGCGGGACGGCAGCCCCUACGGGCUCCCCCAGUCGCCGUCGUCCAUCUCGUCGCUGCCGUCCCACCCGCCCUUGCUCAAUGGGUUGGACUACGCCAUGGACAGCAGCAUGGGGCUGGGGGCGCAGGGGGUGAGUCAGACACUGCGUGCCAUGGCCGGGGGGCCCACCUCCGACAUCUCCACGGGGAGCAGCGUCGGGUACCCAGACUUUCCCACCAGCCCGGCCUCCUGGCUGGACGACAUGGAUCACCCCCCUUUCUAAGCGCCGCUCGCCCCCCGCCCCGGCUCCCUGCGUGCUCCCCCAGCCCGCAAGCGCAGCGCCGGAGAUGCGAGAUGGUGCCAGGAUUUCCCG